AUGGAGGCUUUCGGACCUGGAGAAGAAGGCCACAUCUCCAUCUAUCCUACUGUGGACACGCCCAAGCCUAUCCUAAUGCAGCCGCUGACACAGAAAGCGGAUGAUCACAAACCUUCUUUGGCUGCAUCUCUAAAAGGCCAGCAGAUGAUUAUUCCCAGUUUCAAUGACAUCUUUCAAGACUGGGCCAGGAAUACCAACAGUGGGAUGAUGUCCAACCCAAAGAAGCUCAAGAAGCUGGAGAUGGAUGAUUAUGCAUUAUGCGGCGCAGGAAUGUACAUGAAUGCGGAUUUCGCUCCUCUGUGUAUCAUGACAUUUCUCACAGCUUGGCUGUUUUUCUUCGACGACAAGGUGGACCACAAGGAUGGUGAGCUUUUCGAGGACGCCGGACAGUUCAGUGCCCUCACACAACAGGCAUUGGACUAUGCGGCCUACACUCUGGGAGUCAAUGACGACUACCAGGAGCCCGAGGGUGGAAUUGAUGAUUUCGUUGGUUUAUUUCAUGACGUUGGUCAGGCUCUACGCUGUGCUCUUUGUGAAGGCACGGUCUGCAUGUACACAAUUUGCUCUGCGACCGAAUAUGCCUCGGGCGUCCGACUUCCUGACACGGACGUGCUCCCGAUUUCGGAGCUAGUCCAGCUUUGGGCGGAGAUCCGGGAUCUUAUGAUAUUCCUCACGACCACAAGAUACAACCUCGGCCCAUAUGUCACUGGGGAUGGCAGAGUGAUUGUAACUAUCUGA